AUGACCUCCCGGAUCACUAUCUUUGUCACUGGAGCCAACACUGGCCUCGGUCUGUACACAGUAAAGGCCCUAUACAGAUCAACCAAUGUAUACACCAUCCUGCUUGGUGCUCGAGACUUGAUCAAAGCUACAGCUGCUAUCGAAGAAGUCAAGCGAGAAUAUCCCAACUCCACAAGCAGCAUCGAGCCAAUCCAAAUCGACCUUGAGGAUGACGCUUCGAUCGCUCAAGCGUUCGACGCGGUCUCUAAGAAACAUGACAAGAUAGAUGUUCUUCUUAAUAAUGCAGGGGCGCAAUUCGACCAGCAGGUACCUAAGGGUAACAUGACCACCAGAGACAUGUGGAACAAGUCUUGGGACGUCAACGUGACUGGCACAUAUAUAGUGACCGAUACCUUCGCUCCACUGCUUCUCGAGUCGUCUCAGCCACGACUGAUCUUCAUCACCAGCGGCACAAGCACCCUCACAGAACACGACAAUCUAGCGAUGGGUAUAAACCGUUCCCCUCCCAAAGGCUGGCUCAAGAAAGCGUUUGCAGUCACGGCGUAUCGAGCGGCCAAAACUGGCAUGAACAUGAUGAUGCUGGAAUGGGCCCGGAUCCUUAAGGAGGAUGGCGUGAAGGUGUUCGCAAUCAGCCCCGGCAUGCUAGCCACAGGUUUGGGUGGUGAUCCUGAGGCUAUGAAGAAGAUGGGGGCAAUCGAUCCGAACAUUGGAGCGGAACUUGUUCGCGAUGUCAUUGAAGGUCGUCGGGAUGCAGAUGUUGGAAAGGUGGUGCGCAAGAAUAAUGUUCAGCCAUGGUAG